AUGCGACUCCUCACAGCUCACGGGUGUAUGGUGGUAAUGCUGCUACUAGUAUGCAGUUCCUUGCUGACACUCGCUUUACCAAACAAGAAUCGCUACAACACGGUUAAAUCCUCAUCGAAGAAGGCGGAAGCUCCAAGGCAUUCCCUCGGAACCGGAGCUCGCACGGGGUUGAUUGGCGCGGGCGUACUCGGUGGCGUGCUGUCGUCCGGCAAGUAAAGGAGAAGACAGUAGAUGGCUCGAGGGGAGUGGGAGGGGGUGAGAGGAACAUCCUCUUAAGCCCCCCCCUCUCUCUCCAGCA